GCUAAAAUCACACACCACUGCCACAUCACACAUAAUCUAUGGCACACUCCUCGCCGGAAAACUCAUCGGCCAACCGCAAGAGGGCCGUCGACGGCCUGAUUCUUGGCCGGAACUUGACGUGCCAACUAAGAGAGGUGCUGAGAAACAGCUCCGGCGAACAUGGACCGCCGUCUAAGGUGGUUGCGGAGGAUUUGGUGGUGAAGAUUCUGGAAUCUUUUAAUGAGGGUAUUUCCGUAAUUGGAUCCAUGGAUUCCGACGAGGUUUCUCAGCCGCCUUGCGACGGCCGGAAAUCGGAGGACUCUAGUGGUAGUUGCAAAACUACUUCUGCACUCAAAGAUGGUAGAGGAUGCUACAAGAGAAGAAAAACAUGUGAGACACUGAUUAAAGAUUCUCAAACUUUAGUAGAUGAUGGAUAUGCUUGGAGAAAAUAUGGACAAAAAGUUAUCCUCAAUACCCCAUAUCCAAGGAAUUACUACAGGUGCACUCACAAAUUCGAUCAGAAAUGCCAAGCAACCAAACAGGUGCAAAUGAUUCGCGAAAAUCCUGCUCUGUACCGCACAACAUAUAAUGGCAAUCACACAUGCUUGAACUUCCAAAAAUACCCUCAAAUUAUCGUGGACUCCACAGCACCUGGGGACUCUUCUUUUCUACUUUGCUUUGGGCAAAAUGGUCAAAGCAACAAGGAAGUUCAGAAUCCAACUUUAAUAAAGCAAGAACUCAAUAAGCAAGAGUUUGCUGAGAAUUUGUACCACAGCCACAUUCAAUCAUCAAGCUCCGGUUGUUGUUUGGCGUCGUCCGAUGACCGUCCGAUGUCGUCGGCCCGGUGGGGGCCGGCGGUAUCGUCGGGGUCGGAGUAUGGGGACGUGAAUUCUUCUGGAUGCACUCAUGAUGACUUGGGUAUGCAAAUGAUGGGUAAUGUCGAUGUUGAUGAUUUCACAUUAGGGUUCUUGGCGGAUUUCUGAUUGAAUUAUGCUAGCUUAGCUAGCUUGUUCCUCCUGUUAUCGAUUUUGCCCUAAUGUAAAUUCCUUGUUAGUACUCUGUUCAACGAGCUCUCUCAAAACGAAAUCACUAUUUAAUCGUAUAUUGAGAGCUCAUUGUAUGUUUUCACUAUAUAUAUAAAGUUCAAAUAUGCAUGAGACUCUUUUUUUUAAAGAAGUCAAUUGAACUUA